UAGAAAUAACUCGCACAUUAACGUAUAAAGUGUUCUAAAGUGUGGCUUCAUGUGGUUACAUUUAUUUUGUGUUAUAAUUUUAUUGUUUUAUGCUAAAGCGUUGGAGCAAUGUGACCGUUUACAUAGCAAAUAUAAAGGCCCAGUGUCUGGAGUGAGGUACCAGGGUGUGGAUUACGAUGUAGUGGUCCAGGGAGGGGGUGGGGCUGCGAGGGCAGAGGCUGCUCUCUUACUAGCCAUUGUACGACAUGUACAUCGCUAUACCGCGCGUUUGGACCCCACAGAAGCGUAUUUCUGUAAUGUCACUCAAAGUCUAUUUUCAUCUGUUGUAUUGACACCCGCUGCUAUUAUAAAUAAAGAUGGCUGCGGGUCUGGAAAUAGACAAAUCGAUCCGGUUGCAAGUUUCAAUGCACCAGGCGCAGCUGAAGUCAAUCUUCAUCUUAUGGCACAUGUACUAUCUGAUGGGUGUAAAAAUAAAAUUACAUGGCAAUAUCUUCAAACUGAUGGUGUUAGAGAUUGUGUAUCUUAUGUCAAGCAGAAAAGUGAACCUCUUAUUGAAGACGUUUGCAAUCAGAAUUGUUUCCUGCCUAUAUUUGCAAGAAACGAAACGAUUCACGACAACCUCGCUUUAUCUGAAUUCGUAAAGCAAGUAAUGCCAUCAAAAUUACAGCUAGAAUUAGUGAUAUUUAACAAUGAUAUAAACUUUCGUCGCAUGCUGUACCGGCUACGUCAAUCUAACAAGACCUUUUUAUUCAUCGAUGAAAAUAUUUGGUCCGAUAUUCCUGAUAUUGUUUACAUAGAAAUCCCACCAAUUCAAACAUCAAAUUGUUCUACCUGUAAUAUGGAUGCCCUUCAUUCAAUCAAUGCAGUCCGAACUGGAGACGGUUUCAUAGUGAGGAAAUCUGCACCUCCUAUUUAUAAAACCUUUACUUCUUUUUCUCCUAAACCAAAUAUAAUUAGAAAGAUAUUAGAAUACGAAGCUACUGAAAAAGUAAACAAUAUAGAAGAAGCCGCCUGUUUAUGGGCGAAUGAAAACACAGAAGAAUUUCAGAAAUUAUAUUAUAAAUCAAAAAGUAAUCACAAUACUAUUGUGAUAUUUCUGUGUACUGAUGACCCUAAUAAUAAAUACUAUAAAAUAGUAAUAAAUGAUAUGGCACUUAAACUUAAGAAUAGUGUAAAAGAUUUUUCAUACGCUUUGAAUAGAACCUUAUUAAAUUGUACAGCUGAAAAUGAUCUCAGAUGGGGCAUUUAUGAUCUUUACAGACGUGAUUACGUCGCGGGAGCUAUAGCAUGGAGUUGGAAUGCCGCAGUUCCAACUGCUUCAAAUUUUGCUAAAUAUGUAGACUUUCCUCUCAUAAUAGCUGGUUCAGCUAGUGAUAAAUAUCUUGGAGAAACCACAUAUGCCACCUCAGGCCGUUUCUCAGAUUUGGCUAAAGGAUACCAUUACUUUUUGUCUAAGUGUGAUUGGAAUCGAGUAGCAAUUAUUUCGGAUGAUACACUAUAUUCGGCAGACUUUCUUAAAGAAAUAACAAGUCAUGGGAACUUGAAUACGAAAAUCAUUAAUUUAACUGAAAAAAAUAUUUCUACGAACCUCGAAAAGUUGAAAAAUGAUGACGCUCGGAUAUUUAUUUUAAAUACUAAUUGCCAUUUGGCUAAUAAAAUACUAUCACAUGGAAGAAAUAUAUUUACGCCUAUGGAAAAUUACGUCUGGAUAGUGCGUGACUGGUGCAUUUUAGAUAAUAAUAAUAGUGAAGAAAAUGUGUUGUAUACAAUAGAUUUUGCAUGGCGCGGUGGAAAGUCAUGGGGAGGUUCUGAAGAACUUAGGAAAGAAAUCUCAAAUAAGACUGAUUUGUGGAGAGGGAACACCGUUAAAUUACCAGGCGCUUCGUACUUAUAUGACGCCAUACUCCAGCUUGCACACGGUUUUACUGCAUAUCUUAUGGAAAAUCCUUCUUAUCGAUAUGAUCUCCAUGGAAAUGGCACUAAAAUGAAAUUUGAUAGUGCCAUGAAUUCGCUCAACGUGUCAGGAGUAGCCCGAUUUUUAGAAAUGAAGAAUAAUUCUUUAAAAAAUCCAGUGAUUUUUGUGGAGAAGUGGAAAGGAAGUGAACGCCGGACGAUGGCUAUUUUGCAAAUUUUGAAUAAUUCAAUAGUUGACUUGUGGCCACAAAAUAACAGCCACGAUACAUGUCAUUCGCUUUUAGAUGCUGAGAGAAUACUUGAUAAAAAGAUAUGCCUCAUUUCCAGUGGCGAUGAAUUUACGCCUCGAUGUCACGACAUUGCCGUGAUAGUAUUUGGUGUAUCGUUAAUUUUUACAUGUUGUGCCCUUUUUAUUGCGCAAAAGAUCAGACGAGACCGUCUUCUGGCCUAUAACAAAUCUGUUCUAAUAGAUAUAUUGGAAACUCGACACAAAAACGCUUCAUCUUUAGCAGCAUUUUUGGUGGAUCGUGGCUCAGUGAAAUUAUUACAUCAGAUAGGGUCUGGUUAUUUUGGUCGCGUAUAUUUUGCGGAAUUAAGUCAACCAGGCCACGGAACACAAGUAGUAGCGGCUAAAGAGCCACAUGAAAAUAUAACACCACUUGAAGAGAAUGAAUUUAUUGGUGAAGCGUGCGUUCUUGCUCGUUUAGACCAUGGAAACGUUAUAAAACUUAUGGGAGUCUGUCUUGCAAAUGGUUCACCUCUAAUGCUUAUGGAGCAUGCCUUGUAUUUAGAUCUAAUUCGAUUUCUUACAGAGAGAAGGCAUUUAGCCAUCAAAGCUAGAGAAGGAGUACCGUAUGUUGAGGAUUUUGAGGUAUCAGAUGCAAAUUUAACAAGGUGGGCACUAGAAGCAACUUCUGCUUUAGAAUAUUUAUCAAUGCGACGUUUAGUUCAUCGAGACGUUCGCGCUGCAAAUUGUCUCCUUGAUAAAAGGCUUUCUUUAAAACUCGCUGACUUUGGUUUAGCACGGGAAUUGGAUAGAGAGCAUCCUACAUACAUGACUACUCGCAAAGCAUUCUUUCCAGUUUUAUGGAUGGCGCCUGAAAGUUUAGAAGGAGGUGUGUUUGGCUUAGCGUCGGAUAUAUGGGCUCUUGGGGUUUUGUUCCUGGAGAUAGCUACGCUGGGAUCACGGCCAUAUGGUGACUGGCCUGCGCAAAGAGUGAUAAGAUACGUUAUUGGUGGUGGCUAUCCACCUCUACCACCUGACAGUUCACUUUCUAUGCGCAAAUUAUUAUACAAGUGUUGGUGUAGAGACCCUCAACAGAGGAUUACAGCAUCACAAAUACGAGAACAACUCACUCAGGAUCCGAAACUGAUCUCGCCAGCUUUACUUUUUCCAGAACUACCCCUUAUAUCACCGAUAGAAAAUAUGCAUUUUGAUUUCAUUACAUGAUGCUUUAAUAUCAAAUAAAGUAUUUUUUAAGCUUC